CUGGCCAAUGACCGAUUAUAAAUCGCACAUUUUUUUCUCAAUCGAAUGUGAACUCCCCGUUCUCCCGCGUCCCCCUCGUGCGUUGAAAAAAGUGCUCCAUGCGGCCCAUUUUGUACCGCUCGCCACCAUUACCAACAAAAAAAGCGAAAAACGCCACCGCAUCUCCGUAGAAACGCCGCUAUCGGCAUCUCCCUCUGUCGCGUAGUAACUGCGAUAUCAACAAACCGUAUGCCCGCAUACGUGUAACCAAUCCCGUCGACGCAGUUGUAGUGUAUUUUUUAUUAUUAAGAUCGACAUAACCUCAAUACGGACAGGACGCGUGUUGGACCCUGAAAAGACCCAAAACGGCCAUCGGACUUAACCAUGAUCCUGUACAGCUGGGGCGCCAACAGCUACGGCCAGCUGGGCCUGGGCCACAAGUCCGACGAGGAGCUCGCCCCCAAGGAGGUGAACCUGGGCGAAUCCGAGCUCCAGGCGGACAACAUCGUGCAAGUGGCCGCCGGCGGCGGUCACACGCUCGUCCUGGAUAAGAACGGGUUCGUCUACUGCUGCGGCUGGAACUCCAAGGGCCAGCUGGGCACCAGCGACGACACGCUCAAGUUCACGCAGAUCGAGAUUCUGAAGGGGUUCAGGAUAGUGCAGAUCUCCUGCGGGUGGGACUUCAGUGCCGCGGUCUCUGACUGCGGCAAGCAGUUCGUCUGGGGGAACAACUCGUACACACAGCUGGGGCUCUCGAAGAGCAUCACGUGUACGGGGAUCCCGUCGAGGCUGCAGGUGUCGCAGAAGUUGGCCACGGGGUUCAGACAGGUCAGCUGCGGCCUGCGCCACUCAGCCAUGCUCACCAAAGAUGGUGGUCUUCUAGUCGCCGGCACCGGCAGCAAGGGCCAGCUCGGGCUCGGAGACAACUUCGACGACAACAACUACCUGAGCAUAUCGAAAGUUCCUGAGCUCGAGGAGAUCGCUAGCAUAGCGAGCGGCCAGCACCACACCGUCGUGAUGAAGGAGGACGGCACUGUGUACAGCUGGGGCGAGAACAAGUUCGGCCAGCUCGGCAUCGACCCGAACAUCUCGAACAGCUUCGUGCCGAUGGAGAUCCUCCACGACGUGGAUUUGGCGUCCGUGUACGCCGGCUGGACGCACACGGCGGCCCUGAGCAAGUCGGGCGAGGUGUUCACUUGGGGCCGCAACACGUACGGCCAGCUGGGGGCGGCGCGGGAGCUGACGCACAAGCCGGAGAAGGUGCCCGGCCUGAGGGACGUGAGCCAGCUCAGCGUGGGCUCGGAGCACAACUUGGCCGUUACCAAAGAGGGGAAGCUGUUCGUCUGGGGGUGGAACGAGCACGGAAGCUGCGGCACAGGGGACAAGAACGACGUCCUCAAGCCGACGCAGAUCUUUGUUGAUAGGAAAGUCAAGUUAGCUUUCGCUUGUACCGGUAGUUCUUUCGCUGUUGUCGAAUAGCAAUAAUUUGUAAUUCUCAUGAUUUGAUGUGCAUAAGUAUUUUUAUAAAGAAUUAUUAUUAAUUGAUUAUUGUAUUCCGUAUUUUUAUAAUAAAAUGUGUUGCAUGAUA